UUAAAUUUAAAGGCGGGGCGGCCCGUGAGCCCUGGAUCGCUGGCCGCGGAGGGUCUUGGCCAUUUUCUUGGGACCUCUUCAGCUUGACAGGAUGGCGGAGGAAGGAGCUGUGGCCGUCUGCGUGCGAGUGCGGCCGCUGAACAGCAGAGAAGAAUCACUUGGAGAAACUGCCCAAAUUUACUGGAAAACUGACAAUAAUGCCAUUUAUCAAGUUGAUGGAAGUAAAUCCUUCAAUUUUGAUCGUGUCUUUCAUAGUAAUGAAACUACCAAAAAUGUGUAUGAAGAAAUAGCAGCACCAAUCAUCGAUUCUGCCAUACAAGGCUACAAUGGUACCAUAUUUGCCUAUGGGCAGACUGCUUCAGGAAAAACGUAUACUAUGAUGGGUUCAGAAGAUCAUUUGGGAGUUAUACCCAGGGCAAUUCAUGAUAUUUUCCAAAAAAUUAAGAAGUUUCCUGAUAGGGAAUUUCUCUUACGUGUAUCUUACAUGGAAAUAUACAAUGAAACCAUUACAGAUUUACUCUGCGGCACUAACAAAAUGAAGCCUUUAAUUAUUCGAGAAGAUGUCAAUAGGAAUGUGUAUGUUGCUGAUCUCACAGAAGAAGUUGUGUAUACAUCAGAAAUGGUUUUGAAAUGGAUUACAAAGGGAGAAAAGAACAGACAUUAUGGAGAAACAAAAAUGAAUCAAAGAAGCAGUCGUUCUCAUACCAUCUUUAGGAUGAUUUUGGAAAGUAGAGAAAAGGGUGAACCUUCUAAUUGUGAUGGAUCUGUUAAGGUAUCCCAUUUGAAUUUGGUUGAUCUUGCAGGCAGUGAAAGAGCUGCUCAAACAGGAGCUGAAGGUGUGCGGCUGAAGGAAGGCUGUAAUAUAAAUCGAAGCUUAUUUAUUUUGGGACAAGUGAUCAAGAAACUUAGUGAUGGACAGGUUGGUGGUUUCAUAAAUUAUCGAGAUAGCAAGUUAACACGAAUUCUCCAGAAUUCCUUGGGAGGAAAUGCAAAGACACGUAUUAUCUGCACAAUUACUCCAGUAUCUUUCGAUGAAACCCUUACUACUCUCCAGUUUGCCAGUACUGCUAAAUAUAUGAAGAAUACUCCUUAUGUUAAUGAGGUAUCAAGUGAUGAAGCUCUCCUGAAAAGGUAUAGAAAAGAAAUAAUGGAUCUUAAAAAACAACUAGAGGAGGUUUCUUUAGAGACACGGGCUCAGGCAAUGGAAAAAGACCAAUUAGCCCAACUUUUAGAAGAAAAAGAUUUGCUUCAGAAAGUACAGAAUGAGAAAAUUGAAAAUUUAACACGGAUGCUGGUGACCUCUUCUUCCCUCACGUCGCAACAGGAAUUAAAGGCUAAAAGAAAACGAAGAGUUACUUGGUGCCUUGGCAAAAUUAACAAAAUGAAGAACUCAAACUAUGAAGAUCAAUUUAAUUUUUCAGCAAAUAUAACAACAAAAACACACAAGCCUUCUUUAAGUUUAUUAGGAGAAAUUGAUGAAUCUCUCUGUUCAGAGUCUGAUGUUUUCAGUAACACUCUUGAUACAUUAAGUGAGAUAGAAUGGAAUCCAGCAACAAAGCUACGAGAUCAGGAGAAUGUAGAAAGUGAGUUGAACUCACUUCGUGCUAAUUAUGAUAAUCUGGUAUUAGACUAUGAACAACUACAAAGAGAAAAAGAAGAAAUGGAAUUGAAAUUAAAGGAAAAAAAUGAUUUGGAUGAAUUUGAGGCUCUAGAAAGAAAAACUAAAAAAGAUCAAGAGAUGCAACUAAUUCAUGAAAUUUCGAACUUAAAGAAUUUAGUUAAGCAUGCAGAAGUAUAUAAUCAAGAUCUUGAGAAUGAACUAAGUUCUAAAGUAGAGCUGCUUAGAGAACAGGAAGACAAGAUUAAGAAGCUACAGGAAUACAUAGCAUCUCAAAAGCUAGAAAAUAUAAAAAUGGACUUGUCAUACUCAUUGGAAAGCAUUGAAGACCCAAAACAAAUGAAACAGACUCUCUUUGAUGCUGAAACUGUAGCCCUUGACGCCAAGAGAGAAUCAGCCUUUCUUAGAAGUGAAAAUUUGGAGCUGAAGGAGAAAAUAAAAGAACUUGCAAGUACAUACAAGCAAAUGGAAAAUGAUAUUCGGUUAUAUCAAAGCCAGUUGGAGGCAAAAAAGAAAAUGCAAGUUGAUCUGGAGAAAGAAUUACAAUCUGCUUUUAAUGAGAUAACAAAACUCACCUCCCUUAUAGAUGGCAAAGUUCCAAAAGAUCUGCUGUGUAAUUUGGAAUUAGAAAGAAAAAUGACUGAUCUUCAGAAAGAACUGAAUAAAGAAGUUGAGGAAAAUGAAGCUUUGCAGAAAGAAGUCAAUUUACUUUCGGAAUUGAAAUCUUUACCUUCUGAAGUAGAAAGGCUGAAGAAAGAGAUACAUGACAAAUCUGAAGAGCUCCAUAUAAUAACAUCAGAAAAAAAUAAAUUGUUUUCUGAAGUAGUUCAUAAGGAGAGUAGAGUUCAAGGUUUACUUGAAGAAAUUGGGAAAACAAAAGACGACCUAGCAACUACCCAGUUGAAUUAUAAAAGCGCUGAACAAGAAUUCCAAAAUUUCAAAACCCUUCAUAAGGACUUUGAGCAAAAGUAUAAGAUGGUCAUUGAGGAGAAUGAGAGAAUGAAUCAGGAAAUAGUUAAUCUCUCUAAGGAAGCACAAAAAUUUGAUUCCAGUUUGGAUGCUUUGAAGACCGAGCUUUCUUACAAGACCCAAGAACUUCAGGAGAAAACAUGUGAAGUUCAAGAAAGAUUAAAUGAGAUGGAACAGCUGAAGGAACAAUUGGAAAAUAGAGAUUCUAGGCUGCAAACUGUAGAAAGGGAGAAAACACUGAUUACUGAGACACUGCAGCAAACCUUAGAAGAAGUAAAAACUUUAACUCAAGAAAAAGAUGACCUAAAACAACUCCAAGAGAGCUUGCAAAUUGAGAGGGACCAACUCAAAAGUGAUAUUCACGAUACUGUAAACAUGAACAUAGAUACUCAAGAACAAUUACGAAACGCUCUUGAGUCUUUGAAACAACAUGAAGAAACAAUUAACAAACUAAAAUUGAAAAUUUCUGAGGAAGUUUCCAGAAAUUUGCACAUGGAAGAAAACACGGGUCAAACUAAAGAUGAAUUUCAGCAAAAGAUGGUUGGCAUAGAUAAAAAACAGAAUUUGGAAGCUAAAAAUACCCAAACACUGACUGCAGAUGUUAAGGAUAAUGAUAUAAUUGAGCAACAGAAGAAGAUAUUUUCUUUAAUACAGGAGAAAAAUAAACUCCAACAAAUGUUAGAGAGUGUUAGAGCAGAAAAGGAACAGUUGAAGACUGACCUAAAGGAAAAUAUUGAAAUGACCAUUGAAAACCAGGAAGAAUUAAGAAUUCUUGGAGGUGAACUUAAAAAGCAGCAAGAGAUAGUUGCACAAGAAAAGAACCGUACCAGAAAGAAGGAAGAAGAACUUUCUAGGACCUGUGACAGACUGGCAGAAGUUGAAGAAAAACUAAAUGAAAAGAGCCAGCAACUCCAAGAAAAACAGCAACAACUUCUUAAUGUACAAGAAGAUAUGAAUGAGAUGCAGAGAAAGAUUAAUGAAAUGGAAAAUUUAAAGAAUGAAUUAAAGAACAAAGAAUUGACAUUAGAACGUAUGGAAACAGAGAGGCUUGAGUUGACUCAGAAACUUAAUGAAAAUUAUGAGGAAAUUAAAUCUAUAACCAAAGAAAGAAAAGCUAUAAAGGAAUUACAGGAGUCAUUUGAAACAGAGAGAGACCAACUUAGAGGAUAUAUAAGAGAAAUUGAAGCUACCGGCCUACAAACAAAAGAAGAACUAAAAAUUGCUCAUAUUCAUCUAAAAGAACAGCAAGAAACUAUUGAUGAACUAAGAAGAAACAUAUCUGAGAAGACAGCUCAAAUAAUGAAUAUUCAGGACUUAGAAAAAUCCCAUGCCAAAUUACAAGAAGAGAUCCCAGUGCUUCAUGACGAACAGGAGCUACUUCCUAAUGUGCAAGAAGUCAGUGAGACUCAGGAAAGAGUGAAUGAACUGGUGUUAAUAAAAGAACAGUCCACAACCAAGGACUCAACAACACUGGCAAGCAUAGAAAUGGAAAGGCUCAGGUUGAAUGAAAAAUUUCAAGAACGUCAGGAAGAGAUAAAAUCUCUAACCAAUGAAAGAGACAACCUUAAAAUGAUAACAGAAGCCCUUGAAUUUAAACAUGACCAGCUGAAAGAACACAUUAGAGAAACUUUUGCUAAAAUCCAAGAAUCUCAAAGCAAACAAGAACAGUCCUUAAAUAUGAAAGAAAAAGACAAUGAGACUACUGAAAUCAUGAGUGAGAUGGAGCAAUUCAAAGACAAAGGUUCAGCACUAGUAAGAAUAGAAAUAGAAAUGCUCAGAUUGUCCAAAAGACUUCAAGAAAGUCAUGAUGAAAUGAAACCUUUGACUAAGGAGAAAGAUGACCUACAGAGGUCGCGAGAAGUUCUUCAAUCUGAAAGUGACCAGCUCAAAGAAAACAUAAAAGAAAUUGUAGCUAAACACCUGGAAACUGAAGAGGAACUGAAAGUUGCUCGUUGUUGCCUGAAAGAACAAGAGGAAACUAUUGAUGAGUUAAGAAUCAAUCUUUCAGAGAAGGAAACUGAAAUAUCAACCAUUCAAAAAGAAUUAGAAGCAAUCAAUGAUAAAUUACAGAACAAGAUCCAAGAGCUUUAUGAGAAAGAGGAACAACUUAAACAAAUAAGUGGGAUUCAGGAAAAAAUGAAUGAACUGGAACAAUUGAAGGAGCAUCUGAAAGCCAAAGAUUCAGCACUACAAAGUAUAGAAAGUGAGAUGCUCAAGUUGACUAAUAGACUUCAAGAAAGUCAAGAAGAAGUACAAAUUAUGAUUAAGGAAAGAGAUGAACUGAAAAAAGUACAGGAGGCCCUUCAGAUAGAGAGAGACCAACUGAAAGAAAACAGUAAAGAAAUUAUAGUUAAAUUUUCUCAGAUGCAAGAAUCUCAAGAAAAGCAUCAGCUUCUUAAGAUGACAGCUGUCAAUGAGACUCAGCAAAAAAUGUGUGAAAUAAAACAUUUGAAGGAGCAACUUGAGACCCAGAAGUUAACUCUGGAAAAAAUAGACAUGGAAAAUGUAAGGUUGACUCAGAUACUACAUGAAAACCUUGAAGAAAUGAGAUCUGUAACAAAAGAAAGAGAUGACCUUAGGAGUGUGGAGGAGACUCUCAAAGUAGAGAGAGACCAGCUCAAGGAAACCCUUAGAGAAACCAUAACUAGAGACCUAGAAAAACAAGAGGAGCUAAAAAUUGUUCACAUGCAUCUGAAGGAGCACCAAGAAACUAUUGAUAAACUCAGAAAAGUUGUUUCAGAGAAAACAAAUGAAAUAUCAAAUAUGCAAAAGGACUUAGAAAAUUCAAAUGCUGCCUUAAAAGCACAGGAUCUGAAAAAACAAGAGGAACUAAGAAUUGCUCACAUGCAUCUAAAAGAGCACCAGGAAACUAUUGACAAACUCAGAGGAAUUGUUUCUGAGAAGACAGAUAAAAUAUCAGAUAUGCAAAAAGAUUUAGAAAAUUCAAAUGCUAAAUUACAAGAAAAGAUUCAAGAACUUAAGGCAAAUGAACGUCAACUUUAUAAGUUAAAAAAAGAUGUCAGUGAGACACAGAAAAAAGUGUCUGAAAUGGAGCAACUAAAGAAACAAAUGAAAGACCAAAGCUUAACUCUGAGUAAAAUAGAAAUUGAGAACUUAAAUUUGGCUCAGAAACUUCAUGAAAGCCUUGAAGAAAUGAAAUCUGUAAUGAAAGAAAGAGAUUAUCUAAGAAGAGUAGAGGAGACCCUCAAACUGGAGAGAGACCAACUCAAGGAAAGCCUGCAAGAAACCAAAGCUAGACAGGACCAACAGAACCACCAAGUAAAACCUGAAGAAAGGUUACUAAGUGAUGCACAACAGCAGCUUACAGAAAGCAUGAGAGAAAAGUGCUCUAGAAUAAAAGAGCUUUUGAAGAGAUAUUCAGAGGUGGAUGAUCACUAUGAGUGCUUGAAUAGACUGUCUCUUGACUUGGAGAAGGAAAUUGAAAUCCAAAAAGAGCUUUUAAUGAGAGUAAAAGCAAACCUCUCACUUCCCUAUUUACAAACCAAACAAAUUGAAAAACUUUUUACUGCAAACCAGAGGUGUUCCAUGGAAUUCCAUAGAGUCAUGAAGAAACUCAAGUAUGUGUUAAGCUGUGUUACAAAAAUAAAAGAAGAGCAACAUGAAUCCAUCAAUAAAUUUGAAAUGGAUUUUAUUGAUGAAGUGGAAAAGCAAGAGGAAUUGCUAAUUAAAAUACAGCACCUUCAACAAGAUUGUGAUGUACCAUCCAGAGAAUUAAGGGACUUCAAAUUGAGCAGGAAUAUUGAUCUACAUAUUGAGGAAAUUCUCAAAGAUUUCUCAGAAAGUGAGUUCCCUAGCAUAAAGACUGAAUUUCAGCAAGUACUAAGUAAUAAGAAGGAAAUGACACAGUUUUUGGAAGAGUGGUUAAAUACUCGUUUUGAUAUAGAAAAGCUUAAAAAUGGCAUCCAGAAAGAAAAUGAUAGGAUUUGUCAAGUGAAUAACUUCUUUAAUAACAGAAUAAUUGCAAUAAUGAAUGAAUCAACAGAGUUUGAGGAAAGAAGUGCUGCCAUAUCCAAAGAAUGGGAACAGGAUCUGAAAUCACUGAAAGAGAAAAAUGAAAAACUAUUGAAAAACUACCAAACAUUGAAGACCUCCUUGGCAUCUGGUGCCCAGGUUAAUCCUACCAUGCAAGACAAUAAGAAUCCUCAUGUUACCUCAAGAGCUACAAAGUUAACCACAGAGAAAGUUCAGGAACUGGAAACUUCAUUACGUGAAGCUAAAGAAAGUGCUAUGCAUAAGGAAAGCAAGAUUAUAAAGAUGCAAAAAGAACUUGAGGUGGCUAAUGACAUAAUAGCAAAACUUCAAGCCAAAGUUAAUGAAUCAAAUAAAUGCCUUGAAAAACAAAAAGAGACAAUUCAAAUACUUCAGGACAAAGUUGCUUCAGGAGCUAAGCCAUAUAAAGAAGAAAUUGAAGAUCUCAAAACGACGCUCAUGAAAAUAGACCUAGAGAAAAUGAAAAAUGCCAAAGAAUUUGAAAAGAAAAUCACUGCUAUAAAAGCCACUGUGGAACAUCAAGAAGAAGUUAUAAGGGUAUUGAGAGAAAAUCUGAGAAGAAGUCAGCAGGCCCAUGAUACCUCAAUGAUAUCAGAACAUACUGAUUCUCAGCCUUCAAAUAAACCCUUAACUUGUGGAGGUGGCAGUGGCAUUGUACAAAAUACAAAAGCUCUUAUUUUGAAAAGUGAGCAUAUAAGGCUAGAAAAGGAAGUUUCUAAGUUAAAGCAGCAAAAUGAAGAGCUAAUAAAGCAAAAGAAUGAAUUGUUAAGCAAUAAUCAGCAUCUUUCUAAUGAGGUCAAAACUUGGAAGGACAGAGCCCUUAAAAGAGAGGCUCACAAACAAGUAAUUUGUGAGAAUUCUCCAAAGUCUCCUAAAGUGACUGGAACAGUUUCUAAAAAGAAACAGAUUACACCCUCUCAAUGCAGGGAACGGAAUUUACAAGAUCCUGUGCCAAAGGAAUCGCCAAAACCUUGUUUUUUUGAUAGCCGAUCAAAGUCUUUACCAUCACCUCAUCCAGUUCGCUAUUUUGAUAACUCAAGUUUAGGCCUUUGUCCAGAGAUACAAAAUGCAGGAGCAGAGAGUGUGGAUUCUCAACCAGGUCCUUGGCACGCCUCCUCAGGAAAAGAUGUACCUGAGUGCAAAACUCAGUAGACUCCUCUUCAUCCCUUUUCGGGAGGUUCAGCAUUCCUUGUUUGGAAAUGACUUUAUGUGUCUGUCCCUGCUAAUGAUGUCAUAGUACAGCUUAAUUUCAAUUCAGUCUUUUAACUUUACCACUAGAGUUGAAAAAUAAGGGAGGAGGAAACGAUGCAUUGUGGUAAUUUAGAAUGGUGAUAGGAAUUACCUUCUUCUUGCACGUGGUAAUACUUUUAAAAGGUGAAUUGUUUUAUUUAUUUGUAUAUUUUGUAAAGAAUAAAGUUAUUGAAGGAAAUGUAAAGUUAACUACAUGAUUUAGCAUAUUCAAAAGCAUAAUACAGACAUUAAUAUAUUUUAUUAACAAAAUUCUAAACAUUUUUAACACCUCACACAUUCAAUAAAUGUUGAGUAGUUAUGAAUCAC